AUGGGUGAUGCAGUGGAUUUAACGCUAUUUAAUGCUCUCAGUCUACUUUUACCUCCUGUAAGUGAAUUAUACCAAGAUCUUGAAAGUCAACUGAAAAAUGAGCGCAGGAUUAUUAGUACCAUCUUUGAUCCGAAGGUGUAUGAUGUCUCCACACCAGCAGAUCCUCCUGCACGAGUUUUUCCAUCGUUUUUUGUAGAUCAUGUUGAGAGUUUGAACGAAGAACAGCAGCUGAUGAUCUUGCAUGGCGGGAUUUUAUUGAUUUGGGACGAUAAACGACUUUCCUGGAAUGCAUCAGAAUACGGGAAUGUCAAGGAAAUAACACGAAGAAAAACACAACUCGAUGGGAAAUUAUGGCUUCCAAAGGUUUAUUUAACAGAAAUGUUCUUUCGGACAGCGAACAUUCUUAACUUUGAAACUACGGAAGUGACUAUAACUAAUUUAGGACGCAUUUUUUGCAUGGUGAAUGUCCUCGUCAAAACUACAUGCUACUUUGAAUAUGACGACUAUCCAUACGACAGCCAAAAUUGCUCGUUUAUUAUGUACAGCCCGUUCACCAUUGACAAGAUGAGGUUUACGAACAGUGGUGGAGCUGAGAAGACUCAUUAUCAAACACGAAGUGGAAAACCAUCAAAAAUUGAUGUAGGCGAUUUUGAAUUGGAGAAAAUUGAAGCGAGAAACAUAUUUCUGAUCCCUGGCUCAAAACUGAUCGAUUCGGCUGACAGGUAUCCUAAAAAGAUGGUUCGAUCUCUGUUUUGGUUCAAUCUAAUUUUUCGACGUCACAAUAUUUUCUAUACAACACGUAUGGCUGUACCUUUGUUUACAAUCAGCUGUUUAACGUAUGCAUUCUGCCUUCUUCAAUCUCAACAUGGAUUAAUCUGGCUACUUUUCUGCUUAGCUGUUCAAAUAAUGAAUGGUGCUAUAUUGAUGGAGAAUUUGCCUCCUGAUUACGUUAAAAUGCCAACAAUAGGAUUUAUUGCAACUCUCGUCCUAUUUGAAACCAUAGUUUUGAUCAUGUGGAGGUUUUUCACUAUAUUCAUCAUGCAAACAAUGCCGGAUCGAGCCGAUGUCAAGGCGAAAAUUGAUGUUGUGGAAAGUUUUUUAUGUGUAUAUUUUGUUAUUCGUAUUAUUCACAUUUUUGUAAGACUAUUCUAA